UCCAUCUCGCGCUCUCCUUUCUGUCUGUCUCUCCACCACUUCAAUAUCGCCACCGGCUCUCCUUUUUUUUCCCAAGUCCUUUUUUGGUUUUAUCCCGAAUAAGUUCGUAGCCGUUUCGGGAUUAAGGAGUCCACGGGGCGGUCAGGGUUUAUCCUUUUCUUCCCUCGCAGCUCCACCUCACCCCCUUCUAUCUCUCGGCAUUAUGAGAGAGGGUAAGUUUUGACUCUAUUAGCUGUGUCGGCGGAGGCAUUGAGAUAAAAGCUCUCAGAGAGGGGGCAGGUGAGAGCUGAGAGAGAGAGAGAGGAGACAGAAUAUUCUUAUAAUUUCUUCAAUGAUUUCUAUUAGUUUAGGUUGCUCCUAAUCCCAGCUGCUGGUUCUAGUAUUAUUUCUUGGUUUUUAAUUUAUUCUUCUCGUUUAGACUUCCACCUACCGUGCUUUUUUUUAUUGAAUUAAGCUACAUUACCUCUCGUUCUGAGGGGUUGCUCUAGUUUUUUAACUGAAGUUGGGAUUUUUAUUGUUUUUUUCUUCACCUUGGUCUAUCGCUGUCUUUUUUUUUCCCGUUGGGGGGUGGUAGGAAGCAAGGAAUAAUAAGAGAGAGAGAGAAGAGGGCAGGGGCCUCCUGCCAUCUCUCCCACAAGGCUUCCCCGUCUUAGGGUUACUUUGAUGGGGGAGCUCUGAUAUCGGCCCUGGGUGCCAAAAAGGAGCUCCUUUCUCCGAAUCGAGGGGGGAAAAAUCGCUUCUCGCUCCCAUUUCUCAAAAAGUUUGGAUCUUGUAGCUGUUUUUCUGGGAAAAUCGGUAGAUCUAGAGGGAAUUUGGGUUGUUUUGGAGCGAAAGUGAAGCAUCUAUCGGGCACUUUCUAGUUUUCGAGGAAAUGGAAGCGAGCGCUGGUCUAGUUGCCGGUUCUCACAACAGGAACGAGCUCGUCGUCAUCCGCCGCGAGGGGGAAUCCGGGCCGAAGCCGUUGCAGCAGCUCAGUGGGCAAAUCUGCCAGAUUUGUGGCGAUGAUGUCGGCCUCACCACCGACGGCGAGCUCUUCGUUGCCUGCAAUGAGUGUGCCUUUCCUAUCUGCCGGACUUGCUAUGAAUACGAGCGCCGGGAGGGGAACCAGGUCUGUCCCCAGUGCAAGACCAGAUUCAAGCGUCUCAAAGGCUGUGCUCGAGUUGCCGGUGAUGAGGAAGAGGAUGACAUCGAUGAUCUUGAGAACGAGUUUAAUUUCACCGGAGGGGAUAAGCAGGACAUGCAGUACAUGGCUGAAGCCAUGUUGCAGGGCCACAUGAGCUAUGGCCGAGGGGGCGAUGUAGAUAUGCCUCAAGUUGUUCACACAAUGCCUCAAGUCCCUCUGCUCACCAAUGGCCAGAUGGUUGAUGAUAUUCCUCCAGAACAGCAUGCUCUCGUCCCUUCUUUCAUGGGUGGUGGAGGAAAGAGGAUUCACCCACUUCCUUUUGCAGAUCCCAAUCUUCCGGUGCAACCCCGAUCCAUGGAUCCUUCUAAGGAUCUGGCUGCUUAUGGAUAUGGAAGUGUGGCAUGGAAGGAGAGGAUGGAGAGUUGGAAGCAGAAGCAAGAGAAAAUGCAUGCCAGGAAUGAUAACGGUGGUAAAGAUUGGGAUAACGACGGCGAUGGGCCAGAUCUGCCACUAAUGGAUGAAGCUAGACAACCAUUAUCAAGAAAGCUACCCAUUCCUUCCAGCCAAAUCAACCCAUACAGAAUGAUUAUCAUAAUCCGGCUGGUAGUCCUGGGGUUUUUCUUUCAUUACCGAGUCAUGAAUCCUACUCCUGAUGCAUAUCCAUUGUGGCUCAUAUCGGUGAUCUGUGAAAUCUGGUUUGCUAUUUCAUGGAUUCUUGACCAAUUUCCAAAGUGGAUUCCCAUCGAAAGGGAAACUUAUCUUGACAGAUUGUCAUUAAGGUAUGAGAAGGAAGGCCAGCCUUCUCAACUAGCUGCAGUUGACAUAUUCGUGAGUACAGUGGAUCCUUUGAAGGAACCCCCUCUGGUCACAGCAAAUACUGUUCUCUCCAUUCUUGCAGUUGAUUACCCAGUCCAGAAAGUAUCUUGCUAUGUGUCUGACGAUGGUGCUGCGAUGCUGACAUUUGAAGCAUUAUCAGAGACAUCUGAAUUUGCAAAGAAAUGGGUCCCUUUCUGUAAGAAAUUCAAUAUUGAGCCACGUGCACCAGAAUGGUAUUUCCAGCAGAAGAUAGAUUAUCUGAAGGAUAAGGUCUUACCAUCAUUUGUUAAGGAACGGAGAGCAAUGAAGAGAGAAUAUGAGGAGUUCAAGGUACGAAUCAAUGCUUUGGUUGCAAAAGCCCAAAAGGUCCCUGAAGAAGGGUGGACAAUGCAGGAUGGAACUCCAUGGCCUGGAAAUAAUGUCCGUGAUCAUCCAGGAAUGAUUCAGGUCUUUUUGGGCCAAAGUGGUGGGCAUGAUACGGAAGGAAAUGAAUUACCGCGCUUGGUUUACGUCUCUAGAGAAAAAAGGCCAGGGUUCAAUCACCACAAGAAGGCUGGUGCUAUGAAUGCUCUGGUUCGAGUCUCUGCUGUGCUCACAAAUGCACCUUAUUUGUUGAACUUGGAUUGUGACCAUUACAUCAACAACAGCAAGGCCCUAAGAGAGGCAAUGUGUUUCAUGAUGGAUCCAUUAGUGGGAAAGAAAGUAUGUUAUGUGCAAUUCCCACAGAGGUUCGAUGGUAUUGAUCGACAUGAUCGAUAUGCUAACCGAAACAUAGUGUUCUUUGAUAUCAACAUGAAAGGUCUGGAUGGUAUUCAAGGGCCAAUUUAUGUCGGAACUGGAUGUGUUUUCAGAAGACUGUCACUCUAUGGUUAUGAUGCUCCAAAGUCCAAGAAGCCACCAACGAGGACUUGCAACUGCUGGCCAAAGUGGUGCUGUUGUGGGUGCUGUUGCUCUGGAAGGAGGAAGAAGAAGAGCACAAAAGCUAAACAGGAAAAGAAAAAGAAGGGUUUUUUCAGGAGAGCAGACAAUCAAGCACCUGCAAUUGCUUUGCAGAGUAUUGAAGAGGGAAUUGAAGGAAUCGAGAGUGAAAAAUCAAUUCUGUCUGAACAAAAGUUGGAGAAGAAGUUUGGACAGUCUCCUGUUUUUGUAGCUUCCACUCUCCUUGAGAAUGGUGGGACAUUGAAAAGUGCUACUCCAGCAUCACUAUUGAAGGAAGCUAUCCAUGUCAUUAGCUGUGGCUACGAAGACAAAACAGAGUGGGGAAAAGAGGUUGGCUGGAUCUAUGGCUCAGUCACUGAAGAUAUAUUGACCGGCUUUAAAAUGCACUGUCAUGGAUGGCGGUCGAUCUACUGCAUACCACACAGACCUGCAUUUAAAGGUUCUGCACCCCUCAAUCUUUCCGAUCGUCUUCACCAAGUUCUUAGGUGGGCCCUUGGGUCUGUGGAAAUUUUCUUGAGCAGACAUUGCCCUCUCUGGUAUGGAUAUGGGGGUGGGUUAAAAUGGCUGGAGCGCCUAUCAUACAUAAAUGCUACUGUUUAUCCUUGGACAUCAAUUCCACUUCUGGCUUACUGUACGUUACCUGCCGUUUGCUUGCUUACCGGGAAAUUUAUCACUCCAGAGCUUAGCAAUGUUGCGAGCCUGUGGUUUCUGUCGCUUUUCAUAUGUAUCUUUGCCACAAGUAUACUGGAAAUGAGGUGGAGUGGUAUUGGCAUUGCAGACUGGUGGAGAAAUGAGCAGUUUUGGGUUAUUGGAGGCGUUUCUUCGCAUCUUUUCGCUGUGUUCCAGGGUCUUUUGAAGGUCCUUGCUGGUAUAGAUACCAACUUCACUGUGACAUCGAAGGCCGGUGACGAUGAAGAUUUUUCGGAGCUCUACACAUUUAAAUGGACUACGCUGCUUAUCCCUCCUACCACACUUCUUAUCGUAAACAUCAUUGGUGUGGUGGCUGGUGUCUCAAAUGCGAUAAACAAUGGAUACGAAUCUUGGGGACCUCUAUUUGGCAAGCUCUUCUUCGCAUUCUGGGUGAUUGUCCACCUUUAUCCUUUCCUCAAAGGUCUGGUUGGUCGGCAAAACAGAACGCCUACAAUCAUCAUUGUCUGGUCCAUUCUCCUUGCCUCCAUCUUCUCUCUAUUGUGGGUGCGGAUCGAUCCAUUCCUGGCCAAGUCAGAUGGCCCUCUUCUGGAGGAGUGUGGAUUAGACUGUAACUAA